CUCCUCGCCCGCAAACUCCCCACCCCGUCAUCCUCAUCAGCCAAACCCGCCCGCCGCAACCGCGCCGCCCCGAAAUCCGAAAACUUCAACCGCAUCCGCACCCUCCGCCGCAACAUGUUCUCCCCGGCCCCCCCGCCCCUGCGCAUGGCCCGCCAGCGCUACCUCCGCCACUGGACCAUCCACCGCGCCUGGAUGCUCUUCCGCCGCAAGCAGCACGAGGCCAUUGAGAAGGAGCGCAGCAGGAUGCACGCCGGCAUGUUCAACGCCUGCGAGGAGCUGCGCAAGACCGUUGGCCCUGGCAGCAGGGGCGAGGGGUACCUGUACCGGGUGGCCAUGGAGAAGAAGGGC